UGUAAAACACUGGCUGACUUGCAGGAUAGUUGACAUUUACUGUCCUAACUGAUUACUUCUCAAACAAAGAUCAUUUUUAUGUGAAUUUUAAAUGGUCAUUGAUUUAAAAGAAAAACUCGGAGGAAGAGCCUUACAACCCUCCAUUUAGCUUCUAACAGCUCUAACACCAAAGACAUGGCCUUGGAGAAGAAAGACGUGGACAAGCAGUACAAAUUAGUUGUUGUUGGCGGCGGUGGUGUUGGAAAAUCUGCCCUGACUAUUCAGUUUAUUCAAUCACACUUUGUCAGUGACUACGACCCAACUAUUGAAGACAGUUAUAGAAAACAAUGUGUUAUCGACGAUCGUGUUGCUCAUUUAGACAUACUUGACACAGCUGGACAGGAGGAAUUUAGUGCAAUGAGAGAGCAGUAUAUGCGAAGUGGUGAAGGUUUUCUUCUAGUUUUUUCAGUAACAGAUCGAUCAAGUUUUGAUGAAAUUAACAAAUUUUAUAACCAAAUUCUAAGAGUAAAAGACAGGUCAGAAUUUCCAAUGAUUAUCGCAGGAAACAAAUCUGAUCUAGAAUAUGAGCGAACAGUCUCCACAGCAGAAGGACAAGAAUUGGCUAGACAACUAAGAAUACCUUAUCUUGAAACAAGUGCUAAACAACGAACCAAUGUGGAUCAAGCUUUCCAUGACCUUGUUCGGGCAAUAAGACAAUUCAAUGUAGCCACGGAAUCCCCAAGAACGAAUAAGUCAAAGGGGGGCAAAAAGUGUACAAUCCUGUAGAUCUUUAUAUAUAUACCUUUUUUAUUAUGAUAAUAAUGUUUAAUAUACAAAGUAAAACCUCCAGCAUAGGUUAUUACUAUUGAUACCUGA